GUCGAGUUUCAGCAACGCUCUGGCCAAGUUGUUGAGGCGCGUGAAGCGAAGAAAAGGGGAAAUUCAGCCGCUUCCAGUUAUCUCCUUGCUUGGCAACAUUUAUUUGUUGUAAUUGACCAGUGUGCGCAGGGGAUUAUUGAGUUAAAAAUUAAUAAAGGCCCGCUGAUAAGGAAAUUGCUUCGAAAACUCGUUAACAACACACAGCACGCACAAUAUGCGUUCCUCUGUGUAGAGCAAAUUGCGCAUACGCCACGUUGGACCGUCAAAAGGAUUUCGUAAACAUAUUGUUGCGGUGAAUUGCAUGCAGCAAUUUCAAUAACAAAAUUGUUUGCACAUUUUUGUCCGGCUCUGUGUCACCGAUUUGCAAAUAUACAAGGGACCCACGCUCAGCCGGCGAAAUGGACAUUGUCAUACGUGAGGAGGACAUUUCUUUGGCCCAAAUUGGCGUUUAUGCCUCCGUGUCAUUCCUUGUUGUUUCGGCUGUUGGGGCAGCCCUCUACACCACCUGCUCAAAACGCUAUCGCCUCAACUGGUUCGAGCAAAAUCUCCUGGAGUCGGCCAACGAAAAGGAUGAAGAUCAGCAGAGCAGGGAGGCCUUGGUUGCCGGUGCCGUGGGCUACAAUGUGGACAACGUAAACGAGGUACCGCGUGGGAAAUACAGCAGUGGAAAUGCCGGCAACCUCAGCCCCACCUCCUUGAAGAGCGAGGACAAUGACCCGGCCUUUUGGGUGCCGGCCACCGUCAACUCCACGGCGGCCAUCCAGCAACAAGUCUCCAAUACCACCGAGGAGUCCGCACCGCCCACACCGACAUCACCCACCGGCAGCCUGAAGUCCAACAGCUUGUCCUACUGCUCCACCACCUCGGUGCCAAUCGCGAGGUCCGAUAAGCAUGUGGUCCUGGCCAUGCAUCCCAGCCGGCCCAGAGUUUCCUCCAUGAAUGCCAAGCUGGAUCACACCAAGAUCGACAUGACCUUGUAUAGGAGUCAUUCCCAGCCGAAGACCCUCAAUCCAGUUUCACUCAACGAAGUUCGGGGUAACUUGCAUGUGAGCAUUGGCUACGAUCCAGUUGGAGGUUUGCUAAAUGUGCGACUGCUGGAGGCCCAGAAUCUGCAACCGAGGCAGUUUAGUGGAACUGCCGACCCAUAUGCUAAGGUCCGCCUACUGCCGGAUAAAAAGAACUUUUGGCAGACGCGUAUACACAAGAGGACCCUGAAUCCAGUUUUCGACGAGCAGUUCGUUUUCGAGGUAACAGCCGGCGUAAUUGACAAGCGCACCGUGGAAAUUUUACUGUACGACUUUGACGCAUAUUCCCGGCACGUUUGCAUCGGCGGAAGUAAGCUGCACUUGGCCAACCUGGAUCUCAGUGAGCAGUUGAAACUGUGGACGCCUCUUAGUUCUGCCUCGGCCCAAGACAUGAAAGUGGAUCUGGGGGAUAUAAUGGUGUCCCUGGCCUACUUGCCGUCAGCGGAGCGUUUGAUGGUCGUCCUGAUCAAGGCACGAAACCUGCGGAUUGUCGACGAUGCCCGAAACUCCUCAGAUCCGUAUGUGAAGGUAACCCUCCUCGGUCCCGGUGGCAAGAAGAUAAAGAAGCGCAAGACGGGUGUUCAACGGGGCACCCUGAACCCAGUCUACAAUGAGGCUCUUGCUUUCGACGUGGCCAAGGAGACUUUGAAAAACUGUGUACUAGAAUUCACCGUGGUCCACGAUGGUCUGUUGGGAUCAAGUGAAAUUUUAGGACGAACUCUCAUUGGAAACUCUCCCGAAGUACGCACCGAGGAAAAAAUAUUUUUUGAAGAAGUUUUUCGUGCCAAAAAUGCCACGGCUCAAUGGGUUCCACUGCAAGAACCUGCAAACAAUUUGGCCACAGCAGCCAAAAGUUCAAAGAACUAGAGUCCUCUAAUAUUGUAAAGGUAUUUCUCCAGUAUUUCCUCAGAUGCCAUCCUAGUUUCUAAGGAUGUAUGUGCAGUCGGUUCUAGCCGAUUGAAGUACUUUUGGAUUGUGUCUCAUAAGAUACAUUCAUGGUUGCUGACUUGGAUGCGUGUAGAGAUGUGAAUGAAGUGAAUUUCCAAACCUUUUUUGUGUUAGCACUGGCAUGUUAAUAACAUUAUACGAUUCUGUAAUGCUGCAGAAUUACUAAAUACAAAAUGAAUUAUAUAUAUUAUUCUGUAUAUUCUGUAUAUUACGCUAUAACGAUCGGAAGAAAACCUAUUUAAAGCUUCCUCAAGUAUUCUUCGAUCGAGCUCUUGCUAUUAACUGUUUAAAAUUGAAUAUGUUUAUUCUUACACCCUGACGUCUAAAUUCGUACAUACGAAAUAAAAGGUGUUAACAAAAUACGGAAUGUGGAAAAUAGUAAUGGUCCUUUUUUAUAAAAAAUUUCGCGUAAGCCACUAUUAGUGUGAAUAUAGCUGCACAAGUAUAUCGUAUACAUAAAGUAUAACAAGAAUAUGGCGACUUAUUAACCAAAAAUGUAAUGAAAUAAGGGAACUUGCAGGGAUACGUUAUAAGAAGGAUAAAGAGUCGAAACAGAGGGUCACAAUAAAUCACCAAUAGUUUCAAACAUGGUCAAAUAUAUCUCAAUGAAUGUGCUUUGUACGGUAUCAAUUAUUAAAGAAAAUAUAUAUUUCAUAUACAUUUUAUGUGUCAGAAACGUCAAGAUGUACCUAAAAUAUAAAUAAUUACCGUAAACAAAUUACCGAAUCAAUGUAGAACGCAAGCGAUGAUUUUAAAUUAUUUUUAUAAGUUUCGUAAUGGUUUCAGGGCACAGAGGGCACAAAAAUAACAGAAUUAUAGUUUGAUUUCUGGCAUUAUAACAAUUUGUUGAACAUUUAUGCACAGCAAGUAGAAAUAUUUGUAGUCAAAUUAAAGGAUGCUUACAUGCAUUAAUAUUAAUGUAGUGAUUACAAUAACCUUUGUCUAUAUAGUAGAUUUAGUUUAAACGCACUAUGUAUUUCAUAAUCGCAAAAUACCUAAACUUAUCCAUGUGAAAUAAAGUUCUUAGAUC